UGUUGGUUAAGGACGCCACUCUUCCGGGUUUGUAGCCAGGCUGGUAACAGCAACUCCGGAGGGAGGACAUGAAGAGAGUCACCCUGUUUGUUAAUGGCAGCCCCAGAAAUGGGAAGGUUGUGGCUGUUUAUGGAACAUUGUCUGAUUUGCUUUCUGUCGCAAGCAAUAAGCUCGGAAUAAAAGCAACCAGUGUCUACAAUGGAAGAGGUGGACUUAUUGACGACAUUGCCUUAAUUAGAGAUGAUGAUGUUCUUUUUGUAUGUGAAGAUGAGCCAUUCAUUGAUCCCCAGAAUGACAUCAGCUCUCUAGAAACAUUAACAGGAUCUCAUUCAGAUUGGAUAACACUCAAUGUAGGAGGACGGUACUUCACAACUACCCGGAGCACUUUGGUUAGUAAAGAACCCGAUAGCAUGCUGGCUCACAUGUUUAAAGAUAAAGAUGCUUGGGGAAACAAGAGAGAUCACAGCGGAGCUUUUCUGAUUGACCGAAGUCCGGAGUACUUUGAACCGAUCUUAAACUAUUUGCGGCAUGGACAACUAAUUGUGAACGAUGGCAUUAAUUUGUUAGGUAUCUUAGAGGAAGCGAGGUUCUUUGGAAUUGACUCACUAAUCGAACACCUUGAAAUGGCGAUUAAGAAUUCCCAACCUGCAGAGGACCACUCCCCGAUUUCCCGAAAGGAAUUUGUCAGAUUCCUCCUUGCAACCUCAACCAAGUCUGAGCUACGCUGUCAGGGGUUAAAUUUUAGCGGAGCAGACCUCUCUCGUUUAGAUCUCCGGUAUAUCAACUUCAAGAUGGCCAACUUGAGCCGGUGCAACCUGGCCCACGCGAACCUCUGCUGCGCAAAUCUUGAACGGGCUGAUCUUUCCGGAUCUGUUCUAGAUUAUGCCAACCUCCAAGGUGUAAAGAUGUUGUGCUCAAAUGCAGAGGGAGCAUCCUUGAAAAGCUGCAAUUUUGAAGAUCCUUCUGGCCUUAAAGCUAAUUUGGAAGGUGCUAACUUGAAAGGUGUUGAUAUGGAAGGAAGUCAGAUGACUGGCAUCAAUCUCCGAGUUGCAACUCUGAAGAAUGCAAAAUUGAAAAACUGCAAUUUGAGAGGAGCAACCUUGGCAGGAACUGAUUUGGAGAACUGUGACCUGUCAGGCUGUGAUCUACAAGAGGCCAACCUGAGGGGGUCGAAUGUGAAAGGAGCCAUCUUCGAAGAGAUGCUGACACCACUGCACAUGUCUCAGAGCGUCAGAUAGGUUGCCCUGCUGAAGACUCUUGGUGCUCCAAUGAGGGAAUGACGUUCCUUCCACAGCACGUUUUUCUCAGUGGUGUCUGAGAAGCUGCUGCUGGAUGGAGAGAAGGACCUUCUCUUGUCUUAGGUAUAGGAAUAGCUAUUGAAUCCAGUUGGGACAAGAAGCUUGCUCAUCACUCCCAAAGACAUUGCUAUCUUGGCUCUACCUUGCUUUAGAACGCUCCUCUAGAAAAAAUAUUUAUGAAAGCACAAUAUAUGCAAUUUAUAUUUAUUCAACUUCCAAUGAGGGUUUUUAAAACAUGACCAGUUCAUACACAGUAGCAAACUCUCAGGCUUUCAGCCCGGAUUGGUGAACUUUUAUUUGCAGUGGCUUAUGAAAUGUGGGAGGGGGAGGAAUUGAAAAGUCGGAAGGGAUCCAGAUUUGACUCUCCUUGGCAAAACAGAAAUACCGUAUUUUUCAGAGUAUAAGACGCACCAGACUAUAAGACAUACUUAUCUUUUUUGGUGAGGAAAACAAGAAAAAUAAAUCUGCCUCUGCCUCGUUGUAGCAAACAGCAAACAGCCUGCUUUACUUUCAUUUUCGUUUUCAGCAUAGCUUGAUUAGCACAAGGGGAAAAAAAUCAGCUCUAAUUUACCUCCUUGCAGCAAGCAGCAGAGGCCUGUGCAAAACAGCUGAGAGCAAAACAGCUGAGAGUCAGGUGUCCGAUCCAAUGAACUUGUUCUAAUUAGGCUGUGCUGAAGCUGAAAGGAGCUGUUUCUUCUUGCUGCUUGCUGCAAGGAGGUAAAUUGCUGGGAGGCAGAGGCCAAAGGGUGGGGGCCAGUGGGUAGGCAGGGCUACAUUUGGUGUAUAAGACGCACCUAAAUUUUCACCUUCUUUUAGGGGGGGGGGGAAAGGUGCAUCUUAUACUCCAAAAAAUACGGUAGCUAUAUUUCUUAAAAAGAGUCAUCAAGGAUAAUUUGGGGUCUUAUUUUAAGCCUGUUGUGUACUACUAAUUUAAAAUAGCUGGGCUGGGAAUACUAUGCAUGGGUUCCUUGACUUAGGACAAUGUCGUAAGUAUUAAUUGCAAAAGGGGAACACUCAGUGGUCCAUUUUACUAAUAAUCAGGAAUUGAAGGUGCAAAUGUAAUACAGAGGCUCCUGUGAGCCCUGAAUUGCUAAGUUGUACUUUUUUUUUUAUUAUUGUCACUGGACCUACAAGCCUUGUGGACUAGAAACAUUAGAAGUGAGCCAAUUGCUCUUGGGGAAGUACAUCCUGAACAUUUUAAUAGGCUGGUAUUAUUACAGGCUUCCAUGACAGUGAAUACUGCCCCAAUUCUCUUGGUCAAAAGUUGAGCGAUAUACCCUGGGGAUCCUGGAUAAAAAUAGAGAGCAAUCAGAAAUAGUUCAAGUUACUUUACAUAGUGAUUUAAACCUAGUUUGGUAAUGAAACCUCAGUAAGAUUACAGCCAAGCUCAGAAAGCAUCAAGGACCACACAGUUAGUAUUCUCUUCUGUCAGUGCUAGGAAAUAAAGCGCUAGGAACAUACACAGCCAAAGAUGCCCAGAAAAUCUUGAAAUGGUAUGGAAAAAAAGGAAAGUCCCUAUAAUUCACAUACUGUAUUGUUGCACAUCACACUUGCAUUUCUUUUUUAAUGGAAAAAUAAUUCUACAAAGUCUCCAAAAACGGUCGAAACUUUCAGCUCUUGUCAUUCCAGUUAUGCCAAUACGAAACAAGGAACACCUCGGCAGCCCUCCAUGCCAAGAAACAAAAUGGGGUUAACUUUAUUUAACCCAAUCCAGAUAUCACCGUGUUAAGAUUUGAUCUUAAAGGUACUUCCCUACCUCACCCCCAAUCCUUUUCAUGUGCCUUGGCAAAUAAAAAUAUGAACCACCUUCAUAGUUUUAUAGGGGUGGGGGGGAAAUUGAGGAGUAAGGCUUGUUUAAAAUUGCAAAUGGAAGCUGAUGUUUCAUCAGCCUAUAAAUCUGGAACUGGUGUUACAUGCUCAGGUUGCCGGUCUCAUCAUUCAUUGUCAUUAGCCAAUUCAGUGGGUCUUUUGGGAAAGGUAAUUUAAUACCACCUAUAUAAAUCUGGCCUCAUAGAUAAACAAGUUUCAGCUGCAACAGAAAUAAGAUUCCAGCUAUAUUUUUUCCUGCUAGAAUAUAAUUAGGGAAUCUGAUCUCUCUGGAUACCUUGGACUGUAACUCUCAUCAGCUCCACAGCAGCAUGUGGCUGUAUGCAAACCCUUAACCUGUGCACAUUUCUAGCUGAGUUACAGAAACAGAAGUAGUGGAUCUUCCUGUUUAAAAGUAACCAGAGCAAACAUGAUUUAAAUGGGCUUAGAAAAUGCGAUUGGGGCCACAAAUCAUGUUAAGCUGUGGGCUUGUAAUUCAGCUCGAAUUGGAGAAUUUGUAUAACGCACACCAGAUCGUGGCUUACAAAUUUUGUCAGUGCAGAAGAUUUCAACACUCUGUGCCUGUGGGCCUAUAGCCAGAUUAUGCACACCCAGAUAUAAAUGAAACUGGGUGAGCACUUACCUUAGACUCAGAGCUACAAUCAACAUCAAAAUGUAGAGAUUGAAGGGAAUUUCCGAUGAAUGAGAUAAGGGCUCCAGAAUUACAUCCUAAGGGGCUAAAAUCUAUACUUUGUCAAGUUUCCGAAAGAUGCCCUAAUUAAUUCAUGAGCCAUGAUCCAAACUUCAAAGGAAAUAAAGUCAUUUAUUAGGAGCAACAUUCCGGCAAUACUCGGAUGCAGUUAGGACUGAUCCCACGUAGAUUUACAUUCCCCUAUGACCCUGUCUCUCCCCUCCUCUCUGGCCAUGUCAUAAAUCACAUUCCCCAAUUAACCACUUUGGCUGGCUGGAAACCUAACACCCUCCUCCUGAUUGCGGUCAGGAAGAAUGUAUGGAAUUCACUUCAGUUCUCCCUCCCUCCUGCUCAUGGCAACUUGGAAGCUUUGCAAGUUGACAUACUUCUCCACUGUAGUUGCAUUUGGAGGGAUUGACCUAUCAGUUCCUGGCUGGGUGAGGCUCAUGGACACUGUAGUCAUCUGGUCUGGACUUCAUUUGAUACAUGCCUGCAGGAAGAAUCCAUUGUACUUAACACAGUUUUUCAUUCAGCUUGAAAGGGAACCGUGUUGGGGAGCAUGGGAGUACUCUAGGCAAACAGAAUCAAGAGGUUGAAAUAGACACGGACUUUUCAUCACAUGGUUACAUGGGGGGCAGGGGAGUGUUUGCCUUAUUUAGGCAUGCAUUAAAAAAUUAUGGGAAAAGCUUGUGUUAUCCGAUGAUGGGAGUGUGUAUAAACUCUUAGUCCUUUCUUUUUCAUACUAAGCCACAAAUGGAAGCUGACUGGAUGGUCCAUGCUGAAUGAUGCCUCUCAUCCAAUUUUCCCCCCAAAAAGGGAUGAUUAAAUUGGUAGGGCUUAGAGCAGAGAUGUCAAACUCGCAUCGUCACUUGACGUAUCACAACUUUUUCCCCCUUCGCUAAAAUGGGUGGGCGUGGCCAGAGUGAUGCAUCUGGCCCACGGGCCGCGAGUUUGGCACCCUUGACUUAGACGAACUGUACUUUUGUGACCCUUGAAUGAAAAGCUAAUAGCAAAGGGUCUAUUGCGAAUUCUCAGUCUUCCAUAUAGUGGAAACUUCGUUUUAGUCAAUUUUGAGUGGUUUUUUUGAACUGGGUUGGUCUGGCUACUUGGAUAUAGGAUAUUGUAACAACAGCAACAAAACCCUGGUGCUUAUAAUUUCACCAAAGUUUUUAAAAAGGAGCGUGGGGAGAGAAAGAAUGACAUUGAAGGAUACCAAACUAAUUUAUGCAAGAAUAUAUAAUGAGGAUUUUCAAGUUUGAAGAAAGCAGAUUUAUGGUGAUGUGAUAUUGAUUAAUGCUAAAUUGAUGAAACCGAUUUAGCUAUAUUUCUCCUCCCCCGCCUUUCUAUUAAACACAUAUAUCUCAGAAAGGAAUAAGAUCUUCUAUUGCAGAAUUCUAUUUUCUUAAUUCUCUGUGUGUAAGUUCUAGCCGUUUUGUUGAAGCUUGUUUGUCUUAAAUAAUCACAAUAUGUUCACCUAUGCAUAAGAGACCUUCACGACUUCCUUGAUCAAACCAUGGAAUACACUCAGUAUAAAUAAAGAACAUCAGAAACUUGCAA